AUGCACUUGUUCUGGCUUCUGCUGCAGGUGCUGGCCUUUACCCCCGAGGCCCUGAAGCACGGACUCCACAGCAACUCCAGCUCUUCCGAGCUGCGACCGCCCCGAGUCUACUUCCUUUUCCUGGCCGUGGACAAGAUUUCCAACCUGGACGUUUGGUCGGCCUUCUUCGACUCCGCAGACUCGGAGAAGUAUAGAGCGUUUGUCCACUGCAAGGAGAAACAAUGUGUGCAGCAGAUGGCUGGCUCCCCCAUCGUACCGGUGCCAACGGUAUCGAGCUACUACUGCACAGAUCUGGUUUCGCCGAUGAAUCAGCUCCUGAGCUAUGCUUUGAGCACCGACCUUGGCCCCACCAACGCGCUCGACAAGUUCGCCUUCAUCUCUGACUCGGCCCUGCCCGCCAAGCCCUUCUCGGAGAUCCACCGCACGCUCGGCGAUCGGGAGGGCUCCGACUUCUGUGUCUUUCCGCCAGGAGAAUGGGCAGACCUCCCAAAUGGAGAUGGGGAGGGCCUCGAGGUCGCCGUCAAGGUGCAUCAGUGGAUCACCCUUUCCCGUGCGCAUGCCGAGCGUGCCUCGGACAUGUGGCAAAAGGGUGUCAUGCACAACUUCAUGACGUACUUCAAGAUGAAUCAGCUUGGGUGGAACAACAUGCUGGACAACAACUUCGCAGACAAUCGCAAUUGGGGAUGUCUGGAUGAGUUCUGGUAUGUAACUGCUCUGUACGGGACACUGAAGAAAGUCCAUGCCGAAGGUGACCAAUCCAUUGACCUCCCGGAGUUCACGGGCUCACCUCUGCGCAUUGACAAGACGGCGGGCUGGCAGGGCAAGUGCGACACCUUUGUCAUCUGGGCAAAGUAUAUGCACAGCCUCGGCAGGAAUGAGCAGCAGAACUUGAUGUUGUCUCUGGACCCGCCUUCAGUGCCUCAUGGUGGCAACUGGGCUCGGCCUGGUUGGUGGGACACCAUCUCCACCAAGGGCAUCCAAGCCAUUCGGAAUUCUGACUUCUUGUUCGUGCGUAAAUUCAUCGACAAGCCAGCCCUCCAUGAUGGAGGAGACUUCGCUGCCGCGUACACGAAAAUUGUUGUGGAGGGCAUUGCGCCCACUCCCACGAGCUAG